UGCUUUUCGGCAGCAAUAAAUGCACCUGUGCAACAAUCCACCGUGUUAUAUUUAUGACAGUAAAUUCCUCUCAUUUAACUGUAGGGGGCUGCAAAGUCGCAAAAAUACACACAAUUACAUACAGUUGCUUUAUAGAUACUCUGUUCUAUUUAUCUAAAGGUAUUCAUUCCCAUUUUCAUCUCAGUGCAUAAUCGUUACCGUUUUGUUUUUUAAUAAACUGACAACUUCCAAGUGGACUUGUUUAGUUUUUUCAAAACGGUUAAUAGUUAUCAUUAUAUUACUCCUGGUUGUCACUUUUACUAGUUUUUAAACAGUUUCUCAGUAAUGUUGUUGCUAAUUAUUGUGUGACCCUAAUAUUUAAGACAAUAUGUUCAACAAAAAAUACAAUACUGAGUUGAAUUAAGAAGCUAAAGUAUAUUUUAUGAACUGCCAGAUACAACUUCACACUCAAACCUUAUAGUCAAUAAAAUACAGCGAUUUUGACUUCCACAACUUCCCAGUCGCUUACCAAAAAGAAGUAUACUUCAAGUUUAUUUUAUUAAGUAUACUUAAGUAAAGUUCAAGUUCAAUAUUUUUAAGUAUACUAUCAGCAUACUAGUAGUAUACUUUUCAGUGUACUACUUUAAUACUCCUUAGAACUAAAUUGGCCCACUUUCUAGUAUAUAAAAGUAUACUUUUAAGUAUACUUUAAGUAUAACAGUAGUAAACUUUGAGGACACAACUAGUUUACAUCUAUGUUUUCAGUUCGCACUGUAAGUAUACUAAAAGUAAACUAAUAGGUAUACUGAUAGUUUACUAAUUAAAUACUUUUUUAUGCAUUUUUAGUACACUUCGACCUAUAGUCUCAGUAAACUACAAGAUCAGUAGUUUUAUACUGUAAGUAUGCUCGUAAGUUUUCUUUAAGUGAACUUUAUAUCACACUUUAAGCAUACUACUAUGUCUCUAUUUAGGUAUUAAUUUGUAUAUAUUUUGUUAUAUGAUUAUCUGAUCAUACAAAAUACCAUGAAUAACUUAUUUACAAGAUUAAGAUAUCCAGGGAAUAGACAUAAGUGGCUGAAAGUAUCUAGGCCUUAAAACUAGAUACACAAUCCUCAAGAACGGUGGCAAUCAGCAAAUAUUAAAAAGAUUAGAUCUGUACGUUACAGUACAACAAAUAACUAACAAUAAUGACAAAACAACAACAAAAAAGAUUAAAUGAAGUCAGCAAACAGCAAAACAAUAAUCCUAUAACAAUAACUGGAUAAUUUAUUCAUGCUGCAAUGCAUGCUGGGAACUUAGAAAGCAUUAAAAUUUCAACAAUAUGAAAUUCUUUGCUCAGACAACUGUUUGACUAGUUGGGACAACAUUUGUGUAAUUUUGUUGGUUUGACAAGGGUUUUUAGUUUUAAAAAAUUAGCAGUUUUUAGUAUUUGAGACAAAAUGUUUCAUAAAAUGGAAAAUAUGUAUUUGCGUUUUUACAGUGUGGAAGCAACUGUUUUUGUUUCUUCUUCGCUUGUGUUUUGCAAAUUUUGUAGAGAAGAUGUGUAAUAGCAUCUCUCAUGUAUAACAAUGAAAACAUGGAUUCUCAGAGCACAAGUAUAGCUCAAAUAUAUUUAUAUAUGCGGUUUUGAUGCUGUUUUAUGUCUGACAAUUGUGUUAGAUUACACGUGGGAAGCAUUUCGGUUUCCUCUUCACUUGUGUUUUGGAAAUUAGCGCCCCUAGUGUAUAACAAUGAAAACACGGAUUCUCAGAGCACAAGUAUAGCUCAAAUACUUUUUCUAAGUAUAAAUCAAGUACACUUAAAUGUAUUUUUAAGUAUAUUUCUGAUAAGUUUAUAAAGCACAUUUCUAAGAAGUACAUAAAAAGUAGUUUAGUUUAAAAAGAAGUAUACUAAUAGCACACUUGAAUAUACUUCUUUUUUCGUAAGGGGUGUGACAACUAGCCCCAUUUUCACCUACUAAUAAUCAAUAAAGACUAUUUCAGUCCAUUAACAUUGAUACUGGCAUACUUCCGCAGUUGUAGUUUAUAGUGACUGUGAGUAGCGUGCAGACUGUCUCCUCUCAGUGUCAAAGCUCUUAAGCAAAGGUGAAGACAUGGCUAAUUAUAGAAGGUCCUAAAGAGAGAGAGGAAAGAUUAGCCAUGAUUAAAGCUCGUCCACAAACACAGCGACAGGACAGACAGGUGAACGGCAGGUGUAAUGAGAGCACAGUAAACUUAAACACUUUCAAACUGGGCUUGAUGUUUGGAUAGAAACACUGGCGCUCAUUGACCAUCAAGCGGAAUAUAAGUGGAGACGAUAUACUGGGGUUUUAAGGGUUCAUUGGCAAGGUUGCGUGGGACGCAGACGUGGUAAUGCCAAGAGCUGAAUCCACUGCAAUGGACAACUCGUGUCAGGCCCUGUGCCGCAACUUAGUCACUCAAAAUGGCCUUCAGCCAGAAAAUGUGGACAUUUCACAGUCUGUACUAUACACGUCUAUCAUGGGACUCCUGCUGGUGACAGACAACGAGAGAGAGCUGCAGUUGGGAAAUGGACAAGUUGGACUGCGUAACGUUGGAAAUACCUGUUUCCUCAAUGCCAUCGUUCAGUGUCUCUCUCACACUCGUAGUCUUCGGGAUUACUGUCUGAGGAAAACUUACCUUCAGGACAAGCACACCAACCAAGAACCUGUGCUUAUGAAUGAAUUCUCUAAAGUUUUGGCGGGCUUGUGGGAAUGUGAUGGUGGGGAAACCACAGUGAAUCCUGGGAAGUUUUAUCAUGUAUUUAAAGAGUCAGUGCCUUACUUCAGUGGCUAUAGUCAGCAAGAUGCUCAGGAGUUCUUGCGGUUCCUCCUGGACAGGCUACAUACAGAAAUUAACCGUCGUCCAUCUAAACGUCCUGCAGUUAUGGAAAUUAAGGAACCAACAUACACACGAUUCAGGAUUUCAGAGGAGGCCUUUGCAAUGUGGCAGAGGCAUCUUGACAGGGAUGACAGUAAAAUUGUUGAUUUAUUCUCUGGUCAGCUGCGCAGUUCUUUGCACUGUUCUCUCUGCUCCCAUUACUCCAACACCUUUGAUGUGUUUUGCGACCUGUCACUUCCCAUCCCAAAGAAGAGUGAUUAUGGACGGACUGUCACACUGAGAGAGUGUCUAGACCUCUUUUCCCAGGAGGAAAAACUUGAUAAAGAAAACUCACCGAUGUGUGAGCGGUGUAACCGGCGCACUGAGAGCACAAAAAGACUGACCAUCCAAAGGUUCCCUAGAAUCCUCGUAAUACACUUAAAUCGAUUUACCAUGUCAAGAUACUCAAUCUCAAAAAGCACAGUGCCAAUUUCCUUCCCUCUGAAUGGGCUGGAUUUAGGGCCAUUUGGACCUGUUGACUGCGGUCCAGCGCUGUAUGAUCUUUAUGCAGUAUGCAAUCAUUCGGGCACAGUAAAUAUGGGUCAUUACACAGCUGCAUGUCGAGAAGAGGAGGGCUGGUGCUACUAUAAUGACUCAUGUGUUGGUGAAAUAACAGAGGAGAAGCUUCAGUCCAAUCAGGCCUAUGUUCUCUUCUAUGAGCUAAAAAGCUGCAGUAUCACCAGAAAAUGAGGGCGGAGAGUGUAUGCUGUUAUAAGAGACUGAGAAGUGAUUAUUUGGCAAAUUUCAGAUAACACAGAAAAAAAAAAACAAAAGUUGCACUUUGUUGGGAGAAAGUCAUUGCGUAUGGAAACUCUUUUUACAUGAUUGUUAAAGCUGCAGUAAUGUUUUUUUGAUUAAAUAUUAUCUGAAAUCAAUAAUAUUUAUCAUAACCACUUUUCAAAACUCUCUUCUUACCUUAGCUGAUUCACAAUGGUAAGAUUGUAAUAAUAUUUUCUAAUUUGAGUAGUACUGGUAGGUUUUCACAGGAAAUACGAGCAUGCCGCCGCCGUUCGUCUUUGCAUUAUGUCACAUCUGGCACGUCCUGAUCUUGCUGAGUUAGAUGUGUUCCUGGGUCAACAUAUUUUGUUGACCCUGGAACAACAAUUUAAUCCAAAAAUUUAAUCUUGACCACAUCCCUACACCUAAACCUAACCUUACCCAUGAGUAAUCCCUAAAAUCAGAGGAAAUAAUAGAUGAAUGACACUAAUGUACAAGCACCAAACACUGAUUGUAUGCCUAAACUUCACAAAAACUAUAAACUGAUUUUUCAAAUCUGAUUGGUUAAUCACAAUGUUGCUCCAGGGUCAACAAAGAAGUUGAUCCAGGAACAUGUCGUACUUGCUAAAAUCAGGUUCUGUGUCACAUCUGUAAACAUGAAGAAGGAGUCUCGGCUAGUAGGCUAUAUUACAUGUGAGGAUGCUGCAGGUGGCGGAUCAUUUAUGGCCUUUUCUCACAGCAGCUGGAAUAAUUAAAUUUAUAAUUCUGAUGGUGGAUCGUAAUCCAGAAAGGAUUAUGUGUUAAUGAAUCAAAUGUAAGUGACUGAAAUUAGAUUAUAUUCCAGUUUGUGCAUCUAAUUACAGAUAUGUGGGAUUACACAAGAUUUGUAUUUCAAAGAGAAACAGUUCUAAGGAACAUAAAUUAGCUUUUGGGGUCAAAAGAACAAUUUCUUUAUAUAAAAUUCUAAUGGUAUAACAAUUGCAGAUUAGACUGUAUGGAAAUUAUAAUCUAACGUUACAGGUAACGUUAACAAUAAUACACACUACCUGUAGUCACGCAAUGCUAAUGUUGUUAACAUUAACAAUUUGAAAACAAAGUAUAACAAUAAUAAUUUACACGGUUUGAUGUGAUAUGAGCUAAGCAAUGGUUAGAUUUAAUUACUAUUGAUAGCGUAAUUUAUUGUAAUGCUUUUUCCCCCCUCAGUUGGUCAGGACAAAUGUGACAUACAUGUUACUUACUUGUUCAGAUGACAAUAUCCGGUGAAAUUUCUUAUUUAGGUCAUACUUCCAAGAUGUGGAAUCUGUGGAAUCUUCCAAGUACAGUGAAUAUCCACACUGGUGCAGCAACUGACAGCCACACAUACACCUCAAAACAUUAGAUUCAUCCGCGCUGAGGAGACGUGCUGAUGCACAGCCCAUAAAGAAGAUCAUUACGCAAUUGCAUGUUUUAAACAGAGAUGGCGACAAAGAAGCAGAACGUACAGACUGUAGCUUUAAAUUUCAUUGAAAACCAUGGUUUUGAACUAUUUUUACUUCACUAAACAAUGUUUUUUAUUAACUUAAUGCACUCAGGAAAGCACAUCCCUUACAAAAAUUAACCAUGGUUUUAUUGUAGUAAAAAUGUAGUAACCAUGUUUUUUUGGCGCAUUGACUAUCAAUGGUUGAACUAUAGUUAGUGUAGCAAAACAAUGGUUUAUAUGUGGUUACCAUGGUUGAACUAUAGUAACCAUGAUAUUUUGUGUUAUUUGUAGUGAAACCAUUGUUAAUUUUCAUAAGGGCAUACUUUUAGAAAAAAUAUGCCUGUUAUAAAAAAACGUAGAUAUAUAGGGGGACUUAUCAAAAUGUUGUUUUGUUUUUAUUUCCUGCAUUUUUUUAAUCUAAUUAAAUUAAUUUUGCUGUAAUGUGUUUUAUUAAAAAGGGCUGAACUAAACAGGAAAAUUAAUGCAGCUGGUAGUUAAUAUAGAAAAUCUUUGUCUGACUGUGUGAGCAUUAUGUCCGGCUUUACACAUAUGACGACCUUCAUCAUAAGCUCUUAUAAGCUGUUAUGGAAUGACAUGUAAAAUACUGUGCCAUAAAUGAAUUUCCAAAUCGUUCACUUUAAAUCUUUUUGAACUAGUGUUAAAUUGUUACAUUUCAUAUUUAGAUUUAACACAUCCAGUGUGUAAAUGUUUUAAUGUAGAUUUAACACAUCCAGUGUGUAAAUGUAGAAAAACCUUUUUAAUGUUUGUUUUAAUGUAGUACAAGUAGAAUUUU